AUGGCUACCACUACCAGCAUCCGCCAAUUUUCAACAUCCAGCUCCGUUAAGGGCCUUUGUGCUCCUGGCGGGGGAUUCUCCCGGAUGUCCCCUGUCCGUGUUGGGGGCGCUUGCCGGGCUCCCAGCCUCUUGGGAGGUGGCAGCUGUGGCACAUCCUCCCGCUUCUCAGCAGGCUUGGGAAGCAGCUAUGGUGGCGGCUACACCUGCAGCUUGGGUGGGGGCUUUGGCUCCAGCUUUGGUGUGUCGGAUGCCCUUCUAGGGGGCGGUGAGAAGGAGACCAUGCAGAACCUCAACGACCGCCUGGCCACCUACUUGGACCGGGUGCAUGCCCUGGAGGAGGCCAACACUGACCUGGAGGUGAAGAUCCGUGACUGGUACAAGAAGCAAGGCCCUGGACCUGCUCGUGACUACAGCUCCUACUUCAAGACCAUAGAGGACCUGCGGAACAAGAUCCUGGCAGCCACAAUUGACAACGCCAGCAUCGUGCUGCAGAUCGACAAUGCUCGCCUGGCGGCAGAUGACUUCCGCACCAAGUAUGAGACCGAGCUGAACCUGCGCAUGAGUGUGGAGGCCGACAUCAAUGGCCUCCGCCGGGUGCUGGAUGAGCUGACCCUGGCCAGAGCUGACCUGGAGAUGCAGAUUGAGAGUCUCAAGGAGGAGCUGGCCUACCUGAGGAAGAACCAUGAGGAGGAAAUGAACGCCCUUCGUGGCCAGGUGGGCGGGGACGUCAGUGUGGAGAUGGACGCGGCACCCGGUGUGGACCUGAGCCGCAUCCUGAAUGAGAUGCGUGACCAGUACGAGAAGAUGGCGGAGAAGAACCGCAAGGAUGCAGAGGACUGGUUCUUCACCAAGACGGAUGAGCUGAACCGCGAGGUGGCCACUAACACGGAGGCCCUGCAGAGCAGCCGGACGGAGAUCACGGAGCUCCGCCGCUCUGUGCAGAACCUGGAGAUUGAGCUGCAGUCCCAGCUCAGCAUGAAAGCAUCACUGGAGAACAGCCUGGCAGAGACAGAGGCACGCUAUGGAGCCCAGCUGGCGCAGCUGCAGGGCCUCAUCAGCAGCGUGGAGCAGCAGCUGUGUGAGCUGCGUUGUGACAUGGAACGGCAGAACCAUGAGUACCAGCAGCUGCUGGAUGUGAAGACCCGGCUGGAGCAGGAGAUCGCUACUUACCGCCGCCUACUGGAAGGAGAGGACACCCACCUGGCUACUCAAUACUCCUCAUCCAUGGCCUCGCAGUCCUCCCGAGAAGGCAUGGUGACCAGCCGCCAGGUACGCACUAUUGUGGAAGAAGUCCAGGAUGGCAAGGUGGUCUCCUCUCGCGAGCAAGUGCACCGCUCGAACCACUGAGGAGCCUUUCUGCAUGUGACAGCCCAGCC